AUUCAUAAGGCCACGUAGUCACGUAAUUAAUGACAGGUUUCAAUCCUUAAGGUGUGCUGUUCAGAUAAGAACUUACUUCAGAAGGAACACGACGGUUGGACCUGCCAAAAUACUUUAAAAUGCCCCCAAAGAGUCCAAAGGGUAAAAGGCCACCACCUAAAAAGUACCUUAAAAGUGAAAAAGAUGAAAGUGAAAAGAACAAACGCAUGGAAGCUCUGCGAAUAAGGGUAAAGUUCUUAGAGAAAAAUAUGGAUCCAAGUGUUUUUCAAAACUCAAUGGUUAGCGUUGGGGACGAAAAUAUGAUCGGGAUUCUGCAAGGUGCUUUGAGAUCCGCUGAAGAAGACUUAAUUAAGCUGCGACAAGCAGAGAUGUCAUCAGGUAGUGGUGAUGUUUUGAGUACUACUGAAGAACUGAUGGAAUUAAAGGAAAAGAUCGACACGUUGCAAAAAGAAACUUCAAGAAAAUUGCAAAUAAAGGAGCAAACAAUUCAAGACCUGAUGCUGCUUGGACACAAGCAGGAAAUUAGAGUCCAAACCCUCAAAGAGAUUAUUCAGGCUAAGGAGACUAGAGUUCAGGUUGCAAAUGAGAGCAGCGUUCUAAGAAAACAAUUAGCUGACAGGGAAUAUAUGUUACAAGUGGAAUGCGGCAUCAUUCAGCGACGAGUUGGAAAGACUCACAGUGCUGAGUUCGCUACAACAGCCUCUUCACAGGCUGAAACUUCACAUGUUGACAGCAAUGAGCCUGAAACAACUGAGAGUAUAAUUCCGAAUUUGUUUCGAAUUACUGUGGAUGAAAAAAUGAUGGAAAUAGAAAGGCACAAUCCAUUAAUCUUAAUGGAAAAGUGGCGUGAGGCUGAAACAGUACUGAACAAGGAAUUAAAAGAGACGACAGAAGAACUUAACAAUGCAGAACGUGAAAAAAAAUGAGCUUAAAAAUGUGUUAAGCAAAUGUGCCCUCCCGGAAGAAAAACAACGGUUACAAAAUCAGCUGCGAAUUAAAACGGAACAAGUUGAAUGUUUGACGGAACAAAGGCAAAUACUGGAAAGCAGAUGUCA